AUGUCAAGUUCUUUAGAGAGUUAAGUAUUAUUUGCAAUUUGGGAAUUAUAUCGACAAAAUAAAAUCUCAAUGGAAUAAAAAGGAUGUAUCAAAGGUUAAUAUAUAAUUUAUGAAAGAUUUAUUAAUCAGAAAAGAUCACAAUUUCUACUGUUUUAUUGGUAAUUGCUAAAAUUUUGAAGAAUUAGAAGAAAAGCUAUUUGAUAUUUUGAAUUGUAUUGAUUUUUUAUUUUUUUCUGAUUAGGGUUCCCCAAGAGAUCUAGAUGCUGAAGAAACUAUUUGCCCAAUUAUUCGAUUAAGUAACCCAUCCAAUACUCCAACAACAAUAAAAUCAUUUUAAAACAUACCUUAAAAGAGAUUUAGGUAUAUGAGUUCAAGCAAUGAAAGCGAAAUAGCCUAGAACAAAUAAAAGCUGAGAUCAAACUCAUUCCAUCAUUAAUGA